GAUGGAACCAUCCACCAUGGGCUGGACCCUCACCCAUCAAUCACUAAUUAAGAAAAUGCUUGCCUGCAGCCAAAUCUUAUGGAGACAAUUUCUCAAUUGAGGCUCCCUCCACGCAGAUGACUUUAGCCUGUGUCAAGCUGACAUAAAACUAUCCCACACAAGUGGGUGCUGUCUGAGAGUCAGCUGAAACAGAAGCCUAAGACACAUUUAAAGGACAGCUUGUCAGGGGGCUGGAGCACAGUAACAUGCUUGCCUUUCAAUCAAUAGUUCCCGAGUUCUAGGCCCAGUACCUAUUUUAAAAAGCCUGGCUUGAUGACAUGCACUUGAAAUACCAGCACUGGGGAGGCAGAGGCAGGAGAAUUCUCAGAGCUUACUGACCCGCCAGUCAAGCCGAAUUGUUGAGCUCUGGGCCAAUGGCAGACCUUGUUACAAAGGAGGUGGAUGACAUUCCUGACACUACCACCUGAAAUUUUCCCCUCACUCCUCACAUACACAUAUCCAGAGGCACAAGCAUGCCACACAUGCGCACAUACAGACACGCAUUAAGCAAAAUAAUUUGUCUGGAAAGUGUCCUGUUUUGUUGAUGUUGUUGUUGUUUUCUAUCAACUUGACACAAGUUAGAGUCAUCUGGGAAGAGAGAACCUCAACUGAGAAAAGGCCUCCAUCCCACAGUGGCCUGCAGGCAAACCUGUGGGGCAUUUUCUUGUUUGAGAAUCGAUGUGGGAGGGCCCAGCCCACCGUGGGUGAUACCAUCCCAACGGCAGGUGGUCCUGGGUGUAUAAGAAAAGUAGCUCAACAGGCCACUGGGAACAAACCAGUUAGCAGCAGUUCUCAAUGGUCUCUGCUUCAGUUCCUGAGUUCCUGCCCUGGCUUCCCCGACGAUGGGCUGCAUGUAACCUAUAACCCAGUUAAACCCUUUCUCCCCAUGUUGGUUUUGGUCAUGAUCAUUAUCUCAGCAAUAGAAAGUCAACCAAGACAUUAAAUAACCUCCCCAAAGAUACAUAUGUGAGGAGCUAGAUCAGGGGUUCAAGAGCUCCCGGAGGAACUGGUUUCUGCUUUCCAGCUGGGCCUGUCAACAAAGUCUAGUCAGCCUUCUCCCUGGGGCUUUCUUUCAUCCCUGCUGGGAGGGUCCCACAGCACUCACACCUAGGCUUCUAUGUGGCAUCAAAAUAAUAUAAAAGAAUUUGGCAGUCUAACCCUAAACACAGUGUAUGGCUUCCUGCCUCCUGAGUAGACCCUUGGGAGUGUCGAAUAUCUCCUUGGGGACUAAGGAAAGUAACCUUUGACCUGGAGAUUUCCUGCUUCUUUGGGGUUUCUAGGUCAGGAUUCUCAGAUGAUGGCUGGUGUCAGGGAAGGUUUCAAGCUGGGAAGGGUGAAGGGCAGGCAGGCUGGGGCAUAGGCUUCCUGACCCCCAGGUGGUCCUGCCUGACUUGCUUUCAUCACAAUACGCCCCCUUCAUCUGCUCAGCGUCCACAUCACCCUGUUUCAGGAGCCCUGGCUUCUGCAUUCUGGCUCUGAAGAUCCACUUGCCUGUUGACUGGGUUUCCCUGAGCAAUUUUUUUUUUUUAGCAUAACCUCAAACCAAAGCUGAAUUUAACAACUUGUGUAACGUCUCUGGAACUGUCCUCCACCGGGAGGCCCUGGACACCCUGCUUUCAGGGCAGGUAGCUGAGAGCCUUGACAGAUCCAGCUUACAUCUAUCAGACGUGGACCAUGGCCUGGCCAUUGUGGACAUUGUCCAGGCAAUACUUCUCAUUUCACCAAGCGACUCUUCUUCUAAUUGCUCUUCUCUUGGCCAUCUUUGGUUAUGGCUACUGGCACCAGAAGAGCCAGAUUCACAAGGGUGAACUAAUCAAGGCAGACAUGGCUGAUAGAAAACAGUAUAGACUGCAAGAUAAAUCAUUAUCAAAAUUGAUAUAUACCCAGCCAAGUCUGCUUACACCCACUAGGAGAGAUGUCCUUGUGUUGACCAGUUGGCUCGCCCCGGUUGUGUGGGAAUGGACUUUCAACAUCGACAUCUUAAAUGAGCAGUUCCAACUCCAGAAUGCUACCAUUGGAUUGACCGUGUUUGCUUUAAAAAACUACAAGGAGUACUUGGAGCAGUUCCUGAGGUCUGCGGAGACAUUCUUCAUGGUAGGACACAAGGUGAACUACUACAUCUUCACCGACCAACCUCACGAUGUCCCUCAGAUCCCCCUCCACGACGGAAGAAAAGUGGUUACCCUCCAGAUGCCGAGUUUUGAGCGCCCUCAGGACAUUUCCAUGCAGCGCAUGGAGUUCAUCAGCAUCUAUUCCAAGCAGCGUUUUCACAAGGAGGUGGCUUAUCUGGUGUGUUCUGAUGUGGAUGUCACCUUCCAGCACAAGGUGGGUGUGGAGAUUCUCUCUCCCUUGUUCGCCACCCUCCAUCUGCACUUCUUCAUGGCUGGUCGGGAGACAUUCCACUAUGAACGCCGGCCUAAGUCACAAGCUUACAUUCCAAAGGACGAGGGGGACUUUUAUUACACAGGGUCCUUAUUUGGGGGAUCAGUGGCAGAGAUAUAUAGGCUCACUGCAGCCUGUCACCAGAUGAUCAUAACAGAUAAAAUCAAUAACAUUGAGGCCCUGCAGCUCGGUGAGAGUCACCUGAACAAGUACCUGCUUUACCACAAACCCACCAAGAUCCUUUCUUCAGAGUACAUGUUCAAUAAGAAGAUCGCUACCGAGAGGUGGGUGAAUGAACACUUCGAUUUGUUCCACUUCUUCAAGCGUGUUAAAAUUUUGGACUUGUCCCCAAAUUACAUGCAGACACAUAAUAAAGACACUGUCAGAAACUAUUCAGAGAGAGAGGAUGAUGGAUGCUGUGUACCCCAGCUGGAUGGACUGGACAUAAUCUGA